AUGCACUCGUAAUCUGCGAAGAAACUCACAAAAUAACGUAAACAAAAAAAACAAGGCAUAGCAGUGUUAUAAACUGAAAUUUAAUUUAACAAUGAAUGAAAUAAACGCAAGUGUGCCGGAGCCAAAAAAAGUAGGCGUUUGGGCUGAAGGCACUCACAUCGAAGCGAAAGAGUUUGUUAUACCCAAGAAGUCACCAGAUUCUAGUGAUGACAUACCAACUAUACCAGACCUGGAUGACUUGCAAGAUAUCUUGGAGAAAGAAAUAACUACGCCCCCAGUCUCCGAUCAAAAAGACACAGAAACCGUGAACACUCUUUCGGAAGUUGGAGGUGGAAUAUCAGGAGCUGCUGGUAGCAUUGAAGCUGUAUUAGAAGUACUAAACUCAUACAUACCUCAAGAAGAGAUGGAUUCUGCUGAUACUGUAUGGACUGUGGACUCUUUGCUGCAGGAACUGGCUGAAGAAAGUCAGGAAUAGGAUUGAUUUGAGAUACUGGGAGUACAGAAACAAUUUUGGA